AUGGGUAGAAAGGUGACCAUUCAGGACGAUCCUGGUGCAGGAAAUGCGUUUACAGUGCUCGCAGGAGGAGAGCGGCUGGCUGACAUUUACGAUGUUUCUCAGAACUAUGUCGACGAGGCAGACACGAUCGUUGACACGGGAGGUUUCUUUACUUUCAACGAUCGUACCUAUCUCAUGGUUGGCACUCGUUUAUCCGCCUCCAUCGACAAGUUUGAUACUGUUCUUGAUGGUGCCGUGAGGAAUACGAUGAAUCCCAACAAGGAGAACAUAUGCUCUGAAUGUGAAUUGGCAGAGAGGUUGGAAUGGACUAGUGACUUAGAAGGGUGGUCCGAAAUUCUGCAGUGUUGCGUUUUCGACGUUUGCCUUUGGCUUUUAGAAGUGGGUAGGCUAGAUGAUUCAGCAGGGUAG